AUGGCCGUGGCGCUGGACGCAGUUUGGGUGCGAGUGAAGGGAGUCUGUAAGCAGAACGGCCUGCUGAUCCUCUCGGUUUUGGCUGUGGUUAUCGGAUGUUUGCUCGGCUUCUUCUUGCGCUCCAAAAACCUCUCGGAGCAGGAAGUCAAAUACUUCCAGUUUCCCGGAGAGUUGCUGAUGCGCAUGUUGAAGAUGCUGAUUUUGCCUCUGGUCGUGUCUAGUUUGAUGUCAGGUUUGGCGGCUCUGGAUGCCAAGUGUUCCAGUCGUCUGGGUCUCAUCACGGUCUCUUAUUACCUGUGGACCACGUUUCUGGCAGUGGUGGUGGGAAUCGUCAUGGUGUUGAUCAUUCAUCCGGGUGGAAUGGCACAGAAAGAGGACUCGGAGGACAGCGGAAAACCCAUCAUGAGCUCCGCUGAUGCACUGCUGGAUCUCAUACGAAACAUGUUUCCGGCAAACCUCGUCCAAGCCACUUUUCAACAGUAUCGUACCAACAGUGUGCCAAUAAUGAAGACGCCCAAAACCACAGUGGCCACCAGUCUGGCAGAAAGCACCACGCGGCGGGCUCUGAUCUACGGCAUUCAGGACGAUAACGGGACGGACAUUCAGAACUUCCAGCUGGAUCUGACGCCACCACCGGAUGUUGUGUUUCGGACUCUUCCUGGCACCAGCGAGGGCAUGAACGUCCUGGGCAUCGUCAUCUUCUCGGCCACCAUGGGCAUAAUGUUGGGCAGAAUGGGUCCGAAUGGCAGCGCUCUGGUAAACUUUUGCCAAAGUCUCAAUGAAGCAGUGCUGAAAAUUGUUGCUAUCGUCAUCUGGUACUUCCCGUUCGGCAUUGUGUUUCUGGUGGCCGGUAAGAUUCUGGAGAUGAGCGACCCGUCAGCGAUGGGCAAGAAGCUGGGUUUCUACGCCAUCACAGUGGUGAUGGGACUCAUCCUGCACGGCCUCUUCAUCCUGCCCAGCAUGUACUUCUUCAUCACCAAGAAGAGUCCCAUCGUCUACAUCAGAGGAAUCCUGCAGGCUCUGCUCAUCUCGCUGGCCACGUCCUCCAGUUCUGCUACUCUGCCUAUCACCUUCAAGUGCCUGCUGGAAAACAAUCACAUUGACCGACGGAUCAUUCGCUUCGUGCUGCCGGUCGGAGCCACCAUCAACAUGGACGGCACAGCGCUGUACGAGGCGGUGGCGGCCAUCUUUAUCGCCCAGGUCAACAAUUACGAGCUAGACUUCGGCCAAAUCAUCACAAUCAGUAUUACAGCAACAGCCGCAAGCAUCGGUGCAGCCGGGAUCCCGCAGGCUGGCCUGGUUACCAUGGUAAUAGUGUUGACAUCCGUCGGACUGCCCACCGAUGACAUCACUCUCAUUAUCGCUGUUGAUUGGGCCUUAGACAGAUUUCGCACAAUGGUCAAUGUGAUGGGAGACGCUCUGGCCACAGGAAUCAUGGCCCACAUCUGUAGAAAAGACUUCAUCAAAGAGGGAGAUGGGGUCCCUCUUAUAUGUGAAACAAAGCCCACGACUAACCCAGCUUUGCCAAACUGUCAGCAGAACAAUGGUAGUUUCCAGCCUCCGCCAGCAGGAGUCAAACCAGAGCACAUCCCACCUGACGUGGCCCGACUCAUGCAGCUGGAGGAAGGGGUCCGUCUGCCGCCCCCUGACCGGAAAAAACCACCCAUCCCACCACGACACCUAAAACACAGAGACAAGGACCAUUGUGCCAUUGACAUGAAUGGUCUUGAGACUAAUGUAUAGCACUACAAUUGACAGGACAAGAACAAUCCA